AUGCAGUACAUACAGGCUAAAGCAUUUGAAAAAUUGGUAAAUGUACAUGGCCACAUGAAGAUAGUUGUCAUCCCAAAUAGAAUCCCCAGAUCAUCAACAGAUAUUCUCCAGGCAUUGGCAAGCACUGUUGGGAGUGAUUCUUCAGGUCCUCAUUACAAGUAUCAUGAUGACCCAUAUUUAACUCCAGCCUCCAAUAUAGACAAAAGAUCAUACUCUCUGUCUAAAGAGUCAGGAAGGAAAGCUGCCAGAUGGAUACUGAAUACUCAUGGUGAACUUUUUCAACAUCAACCAGAGGAUCCUGUCAUUGAGGCAUUUUACCCAAAAAUAACUUUCAGUGAAGAAAGCAAUGUCAGUGAAGCCACUUUGGAAGAUUUGAUCCAGAAAUGCUUUGUUAGUGAUGCCAUUCAAGUAUAUCAAAUAUGCAAGUCAAAGGGAGUAGAAUUGAGUGAAAAGAUACGUCAAGAUCUUCUUGAAUUUGUGUGCUAUUACAAUUGUGAAGACCCAUUAGAUGAAGACUGGGUUGAAGAACGGUGGUAUCGUCAAGGUGUGAUGGGACGUGGUGGCAUAAAAAAAACUUGGAAAGACAAUGGAUUUGCUGAGGAAUUAUUUCAGUCAUUAGAAAAUAAAGACUCUAAAGCUUUUUGUUCUCUUAUUCGUGGAAUGUCCAAUUACUUUCAGAUUGAUAAAGCAUGGCAGCUUUACCAAGAAGCACAAGAGAAAGGUAUCCCUUUAGAUACUGAAACUUACAACUCUGCCAUUCGGAUUGCACCUUUUCUUCGAGAAAGCUCAGACUUACGUUGGCAGCUCAUGAAAGAUAUAAUGAAAACUAUGGCAGAUAAAGGUAUAGCUCCCAAUCUAGGUACUCUUAACAGUACUCUUGAGGCCCUAGUUCAAGCAGCAGGGUGGCGAAAUACUCGUGACAUAAGUCUUCAAACGUUUGCAGAGUUUUGUAGUCUCGGAAUCAAGCCUUCUCUUGCUACAUACUACUACUUGCUUCUUAUUCACUGUAGAGAGAGAGGACCUGUUAGCAACAUGCUGAUCAGCAUCUUACAUCAAAUUGAGGGGAAAACUUUUGAAAUUCGAGAUAUGAAAGACACCUUUUUCUUUGUCACAGCAAUGGAUGUUUGUUGCAACCACCUGAAGAAUUUUACGGUUGCCCGACAUGUUAAUGAGGUAUUGCACACUGGAGACAAUUACCGUCUUAUUGGUGACUCAUACAAGGAAUCCAUUUAUCAGUAA